CGCCCUUGGUCUCCCGGAGCUGUAGGUCUUCCUGGGACGGCGCCAUGCUUCCGAACCAAGCCACUUCUUGGUAUCGGCGCAUGUCGGUUGUUUACGCUCUGGGUGCCUGGACGAUGCUGGGCUCUAUGAUUUUAUACGGCAAGAAAGAUAAAAAGCCGGCAGGUACUGAUACAGUCUUCGGUGAUGAAGUACUACAAAGGAAUGCACCAAUAAAUGAAUUAACUGAGUCUCCAAAAGGGUUUUAUGUGGAAACAAUUAUCACAUAUAAAGAAGACUUUGUUCCAAUUACUGACAAGAUUCUCAGCUAUUUGAAAUCAUGGACUGGUGGCCCUGGACCCAAAUCAUGAUUACUGAAUUCUCAAACCCAGGACUUUGGUUCAGUAUAUUGAUUUGAAAGAUGCCUCGAUUUCUAUUUUAUGUGUGUGAAAGUGUGUAUAUUUAAUUUUUCUGUAAAAUCGAAUCUAAUAACAGGCAAUAAAUAUUCGUAAAGGUAAA